CACAUAGGUGCUGUUCUAAAGAUCUGAAGAUGUUAAAGCUGCAACAAUCAAUAUUUUACUGAUUUCAAAGCUAUUGGAUAAAGACCAGAACAGAUCACUUUGACUUGAUUCAAACUGAUUUUAUGUUUCCAGGGUUACAAACAUGCCGUUAUGUAAAAUACAGAUGUGACACUGAGUUUAGGUUGUCAGAAGCCAUUAUAAAGACUUGAACUGAUGACGAGUUCUGGGUGCAGUUGUCCUUACGCUGGUGGAUGUUAGUAAAUUGAAUCAUCCUACUGCCUGUACAGUGGAUUUCAUAACAAAUGUGUGUGUGUGUGUCGGCUCAUGCUGUCAAGCAGAUUAUUAUUAUUUUCUGAGAAUGAGCAUGUGAACUCAGUUUAUUGGGAAUGAGUGGAAAUGUGCAACCAAACAUGGCCGCUGAUUUGCUAAUUAUGUGUAUUAUUAGUUGGUUGCGUCUCCGUUCUAAGCUUGCGUCUGUUCUGAGGACUUGGCCGGUUUGCUUGGGCUACAGCAGCGGGAGGAGCAGCGUUCUGUCUAGUCAGAGUAAGGGAGUGUGUGAAGCGGCUCAGUGGGGGGGAGGAGGGGCUUUCAGACUCCACAACAACGCCGGCGCGGGAGAACCGGAGAGGAGAGAGAAUGCGGCAGAAGGAGGGAGCAGGCUGACCGACUCUGGGAAAACGGGAUACGGACAGAUUCUUGGCUCUUUUCUUGUUUUUUAUCCCCAGCUGUACAUUUUUUCGCUCUCUUUUCUUUCUUACGGUUCCAUCCUUUGUUGUCAAUCUUUCUGUCCGUCUGUCAUUCCUGCUGUCUGUUUCUCUGCGGUCUUUGUUCUGCUGUCCUACAUCCGGACUUGCUACAGUCUUAAUCUGUCCUCUUUUUUUUUCCCUCAUGGGUACUUGACAGUGAGCAUCAGCUCCUCCAGCUUUUUUUUUUUAAUUCUUCAUCGUUCCUCCAUCAUCUGUCUUCUCUCACACGUGUCCGUCACCUGUGGCCAUGCCUGUGUUGGAGGGUCUCUGGGGCCCAGAUGUCAGGAUGCGGGACUCUGGUCUUGGUGUGGAGUCUCCCUGCUCGCCGGUGUGGGGUCCACUCAGGACUCCUCCGGUCACCUGCGGGGGCUUGUCGCUGGCCCUGGAACUUCCAGCUCUCAUAAGGCAGCUCAGGGCGGCCUGGAGGGCGCCCAGGGGAGGCCCUCAGGGACCUGAAGGCAAUCAGGCACACACUUGGGUGGACACAGAGAAGAAGGAGUUGAAACGGGACUUAGAGGACAGAUGCACACAUCUUGAAGCUGAUGGUAGACUGAGCACUGGUCAUGCUGGUGUGUUGCUGGCUGAGAGACGAGGCUCAUUCCCGCUGAUUGACCUGCACAUCCUGAAAACCAGCGCCCAGCAGGGGGAGGUAGAGUCUGGCACCAAAAGGAAAGUCAAGCGUCUCCUGAGCUUCCAGAGAUACUGUCACAACUCCAGGCUGCUGAGGGGCUUGGUCCCCCACACACCCGGCUCACUGCACCUGCUGGACGACGACUACCUGGGACAGGCUGCACAUAUGUUGUCAAAAGUAGGCACAUGGAACUUUGACAUAUUUCUCUUUGAUCGUCUUACAAAUGGUAACAGCCUGGUGACUCUGAUGUGCCACCUUUUCAAUGUCUAUGGUCUCAUUCAUCAUUUCCAGCUGGACAUGGUCAAACUGCACAGGUUUCUGGGCAUGGUGCAAGAAGACUACCACUCCCAGAAUCCCUACCACAAUGCUGUGCACGCCGCAGAUGUCACUCAAGCCAUGUACUGCUACUUAAAGGAGCCCAAGCUGGCGGAGCAGCUGAGUCCUCCAGACGUGUUCCUGGGUCUGAUGGCAGCAGCCGCGCACGACGUGGACCACCCUGGGGUCAACCAGCCCUUCCUCAUCAAGACCAGGCACCACCUGGCGUCCCUCUACCAGAACACGUCCGUGCUGGAGAGUCACCACUGGAGAUCCACUGUAGGAAUGUUGCGCGAGUCGGGGCUGCUGUCCCACCUGCCUCCUGACAUGUCGUUGGACAUGGAACAGCAGCUGGGCUCUCUCAUCCUGGCUACAGACAUCAGCAGGCAGAAUGAGUUUCUGUUGACCUUCAGAGAACAUCUAGACAACCAGGACCUGGACCUUCAACUGGCUUCACACAGGCACUUUAUGCUGCAGAUCGCUCUGAAGUGUGCAGACAUCUGUAACCCAUGUCGGGUUUGGGAGCUGAGCAGACAGUGGAGUGAGAGGGUGUGUGAGGAGUUCUACAGGCAGGGUGAUCUAGAGAAAAAGUUUGAUCUGGAGAUCAGUCCUCUGUGUAACCAGCAGGCCGACUCUGUCCCAGCCAUCCAGAUAGGUUUUAUUUCCUACAUCGUGGAGCCUCUGUUCAAGGAGUGGCUCCGCUUCACGGAGCCCAGCGUGCUCAGUCAGACCUUGAUGGGACACCUGCACAAGAACAAGGCCCGCUGGAGCCUCCUGCGAUACGCGCACUCGUCAGAAACGCAGACGCGCCCCCCUGCUGAGAAGCCUGGGCCCGAGGGAGGAGGGGGAGGCGAGGAGGACAUCCCUUAAUCUUCGCCUCAUGCUUCCUGGGCUGUUUUGUCUUCUUGUCUGAAUGAAGAAGGGGAGUAUUGAUCCUUCUUGUUUGUCCUCCAGCAUCUUCUCUCUCUGCUGGUUGACCACAGGCUGGGAAAGUGGUUGCAGAGAAUAGAAGUUCAGCCAAGAUUGCUGAGAAACGGCUCCCUCUGCCGGAGCACAGGGGUGUAGCAGCACCCAAAUGAGAGACUGACGGCAAAGCAGAUGGAUAAUCUCAGUAUAUAAAUAGCAGCUUGACAAAGCCAUGCCUCGAUGUUCAACCCUUGACUGAGUCACAGGAGUGUUUUUAAAGGGUUGUGGCUGAUGAUGGAAGAGGGACCUGUGAAUAUUAAUGUUUGUAAAAUGCUGCUAGAACAUUAAAGAAAAGCUAAAUUCAUAUAGAAUUCUAUAAGCAUCAGCCGGACUGUGAGUAAAAUAUAUCAAUGACAAAGGAGUAUAUAAAUAUCUUAUUACCAUAUUAAGCUUUUUAAACUUUACAUGAUGUUAAACUCUUUUUGUACAGUUUCCACCUCUGUUGAAUGCUCUUUCUCACAAGUAUCUCACUUGUGUACUUUUCACUAAAGUGCGUUUUUCACUCGGGCACUAAGUUGGUACUUCAAGCUCCUCUACACUGUCACUUGGCGUAAACUGCAUAACUGGGUUGCUAACACACACAACGCACACUCGGCUGCAGGUUCUUUUUUUUCUGACUUAACGUAGUGAACUCACAUGAAAGCCAUUUAAAAUAAGUGUUCAGUUCAGCCUGUGCAUAUUGUGAUGUCGCACCUCAGCGUGUCACCAAAAGCCAAACCUUCAGCGACGUGUUGAUCUUUUUACUGGGUAUGGAUAUUGGGAAGUAUUGUUCCUUUGUAAUACCUGUCUGGGUGCAUUUAUAUAUUUGAUGACCUCACUUCACAAUCACAGCUCGGAAAAACGCCUUAACAGCACCAUUCAUAGUCAUCUUUUACAAUUCUUAUUUGUGUACAAGCUACUUUACGCCAUUGGAUUGUUUCCCUGUUUUUCUAUAGCCUUACCAGCAUAUUAAAACACACACACACACACACACACACACACACACACACACACACACACACGCCAGUGUAGCACCUUGUUUCAUCACUGCUCAUUUUCCUGUUUUUUUUCAGCUUUUUGUGGACACUUUAUAUUAUAACCAGACUUUGGCCAAUUAAAUUAAUUAUUACAGAUACGUCAAAUUAAAUAUACCCAACAGGAUCAAGACUAUAAAGGUGUUUGUUGUUGAAGGGUGUGUCCAGUCCAUUGUCAUGCAUGAGUCAUGUCAAUAAUACCAACAUUACUACAUUAAGGCAGAUGAGCCCGUUGUAAUUACUGGUUGGUCCAAGUAAAACAUGUCUAAUGGUGUAUAUAUAAAGGUCUGGCUGGUGGAGGCCGGUUACUUCACGUGGUGCUAGCAGAGGCCCAGAUCCGUCUUCCCUCGUUUUAUGACACGUUUCUAUGCCGCUUUAUGUCACACAAACCUUUUCUACAGGUUGCAGGGCAAUAAAGUCACGCCACCGGCCAAGUUCUAACAAAAGGCCAGUGUUGUUAUCGUGUAUAGUACAUACAGGUUGUUAAUAAGUAUCUAAAUUAUUUAUACAUCAUUGCUGUAGCGUGAUUACGUCUCACGCUAUGUAUAGUACACGCUGCUCUGAUUGGUUGAUCCAUCCCUGUUAUCUCUAUGGAGUCUAGCCUUGCAACAGAUGAAUCACAUUCACAACUGACACAGUAGUUACAGUCAAACACUCUAUAAACUAAAAACCUUAUAAAAGUUGAAUUGAUGCUAACUACUGUAAGUGUUUUCCUGUCUGUUACCCAUGUUGCUGCCAUAGUGUAAACCCCCAAUGAGACAUUGGGCCUUGAGAUGCUUAGUGUCUGAAUACCUCUCUAUCGCAGGGUCUCUGAGCCAUAGUGGUUUAAUCAAACCUCUGUUUUUAAGCUGGAGGGAUUCACUGUUUAUUAAGAUCAACACAAUCUUGUGAAACUGAAAUUCCUUCAAAGGCCCAUCGUGUUCAACAAUGUCAUUUCCAUCAUGAAACAAAGAAUGGACGCUGGUAAAAGACGUGUUUGAAUCCCUUAAGGGACCAUCCAUCCACAUUAGGUGAAACAUCAGUUUCACUGUUUGUCAAACCUAUGUACUUGUUUUACUGUGAUCAGUCUGCUGUGAAAAUGAACUGACAAACUGAGAUUGAUGCGCUAUUUGAGGAGCUUAACGUGCUGUUGACAAAACAAUAGGACAAGAUCCGUUUAACAGCGGCUCUGGGCUUUGGGCUCACAUGGUCUCUCCCACGGUGGAUUCUCUGAUGACCAUUUUCUCAUCUCCUUCUCGUCUACGGGGAACUCUUGAUUCACUUUCUCUGUAGAUCUUUUGUUUUUUCUUGGGGGGGGGCAAAUCACUAUUUACUAUGAAAUCACACCAUCCAGUCCAGAGAGACUUCUACCUGUUGUCCCUUAGUCCUAAAGUUGGACUGAGUUUGACUCGUGUUUAAUGAAAGUAUUUGUCAGUCAUUAAUAACAAGAUUUAAUUACACCUUUCAAACAGUAAUGCAGCAGUGGAUCAGUUAAUAAAGAUGUUUGCACAUUAUUAUGUGAUCCAAACAAUGUGAAGCUGAAUCUGAAUCUUUGUAUCUGAGUGUUUGGACGUGGCAUCUGACAUCUUGACUGUAUAUUUCUCUAUGUUGUGACAGCCAACAUCUGAGCACUGUGAACAAUAAAGUAAAUGUUUUUCA